UAGGAUUACAGGCAUGAGCCAUGGGCGCCCGGCUGAUGGAUGAAUUUUAAAUUUAAGCUUGAAGGUAGAUUGACUGUAGUUGAAGAUAAAUCAAACAAGUGUGCUUUAAUUAAAAUCUUUUGGUUGCAGAUUAGAAAAAAAAAAAACAACCUAGCUUAGAGUAAGCAAAAUGGGGAGUUUAUCAGCAGGCUGUUGACUUACUUCACUGACUGCAGGAAUAACACCUCAGUUUAGCAAACUGGUCAAGAGUAAAGUUGACCCCACUUUGAUCAAGUGCCCACUUCUGGCUGAGAGUGUGCGGCCAUCUAAUCAGUACAUCUGUGGUUAUUGGAGGUCCUCAAAGGAUGGGGUGAGCUGUGAGUUAUCUGAGAAAAUGAGCUUGUAGUGAAAGGUAUGGAUAUCCUCAGAGAUUUCUAUUGUACUUUUGGUUUAAAAAAAGUGGGUUACUUUUUACAUUUAUAAUCAGGAGUUUUGUAAAGUUUAUAGUUCCAACUUAAUUAUAAUUACAAAGUAACACGAGAACAUUUUGAUUUUUUUUUAAACUAUAUUAUUAGUUACAUUAGUGCUUAGAAGGCAGUUCCUUAGGAAUAGCACAGUGCCCUGUCCCUCUCCUUUAUCUAUGCUGUGAAACAGAUCUAGGACCUUCCAAGUGUACUAGGAAAGCACUCUACCACUCUUACAACUUCAUGGCACAUACAACUUUACAGUAUAUAUAUUGUUUAUUUGUGUGUCUGUUUCCUCUUGUAGACUUCAAGUUCCAUGAUGGCAAGACUUAGGUCUUUUUUAUUCAUUGCUGUAUCCUCGGUGCCUGGUAAUAAUGGGUACUCGGUAAAUAUUUGUGUGCUCUGGCUAAUAAUUGGCAUGGGUAAUAUAGGGAUGACUUGAAUUAAUCUGAAGGCUCUUAUAUACAUUUUAGAAAGCUUUUAGAAAUGGUUGCUUUUUAGUUAGAAUUGAGGUUUUAUAAAAAAAAUUGUUAUUUUCUAUUUAAGAUGAAGAUGAUGACUUUGCAUGUAAGAAGGCAGCCUGUAAAUCAAAAGAGAAUGGAGGCUCUACAAAUAGUUAUCUUGGAACAUCAAACAUGAAAAAGAAUGAAGAAAAUACUAAGACCAAGAAUAAGCCUUUAUCACCAAUAAAACUUACACCAACAUCAGUGCUUGAUUAUUUUGGAACUGGAAGUGUCCAAAGAUCAGAUAAGAAGAUGGUGUCAAGCAAAAGAAAAGAGCCUUCACAAAGUACCGAUGAUUCCAGAUUAAAUGAUGAAGCCAUUGCCAAGCAGUUACAACUUGAUGAAGAUACAGAGCUGGAGAGGCAGCUGCAUGAAGAUGAAGAGUUUGCCAGGACAUUAGCCAUGUUGGAUGAAGAACCAAAGACUAAAAAGGUCCGAAAGGACACUGAAGAGAGAGAAACUUUUUCAUCUGUUCAAGCCAAUUUAAGUAAAGCAGAACCUCAUAAAUCCCCUCAUCAAGUGAAAACAGAACAGUUUUCAAAUGGAAGAAAGCGCUUCAGUCCCAGUAAGCAAACCAAGAGUGAAAGCUUGAAAGAACCUCAGCAACAUUCCAAGCCAUCAGCUCGUGAGAUAGGAGAGCCCUCUGUUCUAAAGGCCAGUUCUAAACUAGCACUUAUGCAAACAAAAGAGGAGGACUCUUACAAGGAAACAGAGCCCAUGGCCUCAAAAAGAAAAGAAAAAGCCAUUGAAUCAAAAGGAGAGAAAAAAACUCCCAAGAAAACCAAAAGUUCUCCAGCUAAAAAAGAGUCUGUAAGUCCAGAAGAUUCUGAAAAGAAACGCACUAAUUAUCAAGCUUAUCGAAGCUACUUAAAUAGAGAAGGUCCCAAAGCUCUGGGCUCCAAAGAAAUACCCAAGGGAGCUGAAAAUUGCUUGGAAGGCCUUAUAUUCGUGAUCACAGGAGUGCUGGAGUCCAUUGAAAGAGAUGAAGCCAAGUCUUUAAUUGAACGUUAUGGGGGAAAAGUAACAGGAAAUGUCAGCAAGAAAACAAACUACCUUGUCAUGGGUCGAGAUAGUGGACAGUCCAAGAGUGACAAGGCAGCAGCUUUGGGGACAAAAAUUAUUGAUGAAGAUGGCCUGUUGAAUCUGAUUCGAACAAUGCCAGGCAAGAAGUCCAAGUAUGAAAUAGCAGUUGAAGCUGAGAUGAAGAAAGAAAAGUCCAAAUUGGAGAGGACACCCCAAAAAAAUAACCAAGGAAAAAGAAAAAUUAGUCCAACCAAAAAGGAAUCAGAAUCUAAAAAGAGCAAGCUGACUCCCAAAAAGGACAGUCCUAUAAAGGCAAUAAAAAAGGAAGCAAAUGUGUUUCGGAGAGGCAUGGACUUCAUCGAGCAGGUGGCAGAAGAGACAGAUGGCGAUAGCAAGCCUAGGAAUUUGGCUGAUGACAGGAGUGAAAGCAAAGUAGAAAAUUUGCUCUGGGUGGAUAAAUAUAAGCCAACUUCACUCAAGACCAUAAUUGGACAGCAAGGUGAUCAGAGCUGUGCCAAUAAACUAUUACGCUGGCUCCGAAACUGGCACAAGAAUUCUCCUGAAGAGAAAAAACAUGCAAAAUUUGGUAAAUUUGCCGGCAAAGAUGAUGGUUCUACUUUUAAGGCAGCAUUGCUGUCAGGCCCUCCCGGUGUUGGCAAGACCACCACAGCUUCCCUGGUGUGUCAGGAAUUGGGAUAUAGCUGUGUGGAACUAAAUGCAAGUGAUACGCGGAGUAAGAGCAGUUUGAAGGCAUCUGUUGCGGAAUCACUGAGUAACACCAGCAUCAAAAGCUUUUACCCAGGUGCAGCCGUCCCGUCAAUGAGCAUGAAGCAUGCUCUCAUCAUGGAUGAAGUAGACGGCAUGGCAGGCAGUGAGGACAGGGGAGGGAUUCAGGAAUUGAUUGCCCUGAUAAAACAAACUAAAAUUCCCAUUAUUUGUAUGUGCAAUGAUAGAAAUCAUCCCAAGAUUCGCUCUUUGGUUCAUUAUUGUUUUGAUCUUCGUUUUCAAAGACCUCGUGUUGAACAGAUUAAGGGUGCUAUGAUGUCUAUUGCAUUUAAAGAGGGUUUAAAGAUUCCUCCUCCAGCUAUGAAUGAGAUAAUUUUGGGAGCUAAUCAAGAUAUCAGACAAGUUUUGCACAAUCUGAGUAUGUGGUGUGCACGAAGUAAGGCCCUAACCUAUGACCAGGCCAAGGCUGAUUCUCAGAGGGCCAAGAAGGAUAUCAGACUGGGCCCAUUUGAUGUUGCCCGGAAAGUGUUUGCAGCUGGAGAGGAGACUGCUCAUAUGUCACUUAUGGACAAAUUGGAUCUCUUUUUUCAUGACUAUUCAAUAGCACCCCUCUUUGUUCAGGAGAACUACCUACACGUGAAGCCUAUAGCCGCGGGGGGUGACAUGAAAAAGCACUUAAUGCUUUUAAGCCGAGCAGCAGACAGCAUAUGUGAUGGUGACUUAGUGGACAGUCAGAUCCGAAGCAAGCAAAACUGGAGUCUUCUGCCCACUCAGGCCAUUUAUGCCAGUGUUCUUCCUGGAGAGCUGAUGAGGGGGUAUAUGACCCAGUUCCCCACCUUCCCGAGCUGGCUGGGGAAGUACUCAUCUACAGGCAAACAUGAUCGAAUUGUUCAGGACCUCGCAUUACACAUGAGUCUUAGAACGUGCUCCAGUAAAAGGACUGUGAACAUGGAUUACCUGUCACACAUAAGGGAUGCACUUGUACAGCCCUUGACCUCACAGGGGGUAGAAGGAGUACAAGAUGUUGUUGCACUUAUGGACACAUAUUACUUGAUGAAAGAAGACUUUGAGAAUAUCAUGGAAAUUAGCAGCUGGGGUGGCAAGCCUAGUCCCUUUUCCAAGCUGGAUCCCAAGGUGAAAGCGGCCUUCACAAGAGUGUACAAUAAGGAGACCCACCUUGCCCCAUACUCACUUCAGGUAGCAAAGAUGUCUAGACCCAGCUUAGGCUCAGCACUGGAUUCUGAAUACAGUGACGAGUUACAGGAAGAUGAUGCUCAGGCUGAUGAGAAGGACCAGGAUGCAGUAGAGACUGAUGCUAUGAUCAAGAAAAAGACAAAAUCUUCCAAGCCUUCAAAACCAGAAAAAGAUAAGGAGUCCAAAAAAGGAAAAGGAAAAAGUUCAAAGAAAUGAAACCAUUUUUCACUUCCAACAGCCAAGACACUUCCACUCACCUUCCUGACCAGUCUUGCUGGGCUAAAGAAAACCUUGUUUUUUUCCAGGGAACUGUUUGUGGCACUAUGGGAUCCCACAGUGGUCCCAUUAUAAAGGGUAGAACAGUUGGAAGGGUAUAACCAGUUGGCCCAAAUACACCUCUUAUAGAGGUUGAUAGGACUGCUUGGGUCCUUCACUGUUCUCUGCCAAUCUAAUGAGAUUGUUGUGCUUCAGACUUUAUGGUAGAAUUAGAACUAGAAACCACAUGCAGGCUUUGGCGUCAGAUUUUAGUUAACAAGCAGCCGGGCAGCAGUGGAAUUGAGGUGUCUUUUAUAGGCUUGAGUUUAUCCUAAUGGCCUUUAUAGGACCAAUGCUGAUUUUUUUAAAAAGAUAGUUCCUAUUAUGUGGUGAAAUUUUGUAAAUAAAUCAUAAUACAAAGCAAUCACCACCUACAACUGGGUAAUUUUUGUACAUUGUCAGAUAUCUUGCAAAUUAUAAAUUAGGAAUAAAAAUGUUCCACAUGAUACAUGUUCAGAUUUUCCUCAAGAUUGUCAUACUGUACAGCGAAAUACUAUGUUGGUAUAUCACUCUCCUUAUUAAUUUGCAAACUAUUGGAUUAAAAAGCUCACUCUGUUCCUUACUAA